AUGCUCACGUACAAGUACCUCAAACCGUCACCACCCGAGUACAGAACUUCAGAAAAAGAGUACACUCCCUCCUGCUCCCUCCACUCUUCCUCUGCUGGUCUCCUGACCAUCCCCACUUCACGCCUCAGCACCAUGGGUGUCAGGGCUUUCAGUUGCACUACCCCAGGCUCUGGAACUCCCUACAUCCACACAUCCAACACUCUAACAGCACAACAUCCUUCAGAUCCCAUCUCAAACCCACCUGUUCAAGCUGGCUUACAGACUUUCACACUGACUAGCCACUACCCCCUCUACCCCUGGCGAAGCAGUCCACAGCAGUACCAGGAGCAAGGAGGAGGAUGCACAGACGAUCGCGUCUUUGAAAUGACAACUGUUGAAGUUGGAGAUAAUGUGACUUUGAAUUGUACUCGCCAGACAUCUGAGUACGAUGAUACCCUCUUUUGGAUCAGGCUUGUUUCUGGAAAACAACCUGAAUUCUUGGGAGGAACAUAUGCCUUUGAUUAUGAAGGUGUUAACAAGACUCCUCACAUUACAGCAAAACAAGAGCCUGGAUCAUUUAUUCUGCAUAUUCAUGAGACAAAGCUGAGUGAUACUGGACUUUACUACUGUUUAAAAGUAAAUCUACUGGACAUGACAUUUUCCAAAUCAACACUUCUGAGAGUUAAAGGACCUGAACCUGAUAUCACUGCCGUCACUCAAGACUUUCCAUCUGAUCCAGUCCGUCCAGGAGACUCAGUGACUCUGCAGUGUUCAGUCCUCUCUGACUCUGAGAAGAAAACAUGUCCAGAAGAACACAGAGUUUAUUGGUUCAGAGCCGCAUCAGAUGAAUCUCAUCCCAGUUUCAUUUAUGCCCAAGUAAACAGUAGUGAUGGAUGUGAGAAGAGUCCUGAAGCUCACUCUCCACAGAAAUGUAUCUACAGCUUCUCUAAGGACGUCAGCUCCUCUGAUGCCGGGACUUAUUACUGUGCUGUGGCCACAUGUGGAGAGAUAUUAUUUGGAAAUGGAGCAAAACUUGAAGAGCUCAACAUGUGGGAUCUGCAGAAGGCCAACACACUUCUGUUUCUGUUAAUUGCGGCUUUGGCUUUAAGUCUGACUGUUAUUGCCUUCCUGAUUUAUACCAUCAAGAAGAAAACUUGUUAUCAUUGCAAUGCUGCCGUCACUCUGCAAACAAAUGCUGCAAGUCAGUCAUUGGCUUAUUCUGCACCGAUCUUCACCAAGAGGAAACCUGGCCAAGCAGACAGAAGGAAU